GGAAGCGGAGGUGAGCGUCCGGCGCCCGCGGUCCUGACCUCGUCGGGCUCGCCCGGGCACUGGGGGCGGGGAAGAUCUUGGUUUGCCCGGGCCGUGGCUCGGUCAGCUGCUUGGAGCCGGCUCCACACUCAAUGUGUGGGGCUUGAACUCAGGACCCUGAGAUUAAGACUCACAUGCUCUCCCGACUGAGCUGGCCAGGUGCCCCUCUGUCUGUCUUCUUGAAAGCUGACUAGGAAGGUUUCUGGAUUUUCCCUGGCCAGAGGAUUCCUCACGGCCUCCAGCCAUGCGUCUCUCUGCCCUGCUGGCCUUCGCAUCCAAGGUCACUCUGCCCCGAGACUACCGCUAUGGGAUGAGCCGCCCAGGUUCUCUCGCAGACAGGAGGAAGAAUCCUCCAGGGACCAGGCGGCGCCGGGUGGCUGUGGAACCCAUCUCUGAUGAAGACUGGCAUCUGUUCUGUGGGGACACAGUGGAGAUCCUAGAAGGCAAAGAUGCUGGGAAGCAAGGCAAAGUGGUGCAAGUCAUCCGGCAGCGCAACUGGGUGGUCCUGGAGGGCCUGAAUACACAUUACCGCUAUGUUGGCAAGACCGCCGAGUCCCGGGGAACCAUGAUCCCUAGUGAAGCUCCCUUGCUUCACCACCAGGUCAAAUUGGUGGAUCCCGUGGACAGGAAGCCCACUGAGGUGGAAUGGAGGUUCACGGAGGCAGGUGAGCGGGUACGCGUCUCCUCAAGAUCGGGAAGAAUUAUCCCCAAACCUGAUUUUCCCAGAGCUGAUGGCAUUGUCCCUGAAACGUGGACUGAUGGCCCCAAAGACACAUCAGUGGAAGAUGCUCUCGAAAGAACCUAUGUGCCCCGUUUAAAGACACUGGAGGAAGAGGUGAUGGAGGCCAUGGGGAUCCAGGAGACGCGAAGACACAAGAAAGUCUACUGGUAUUGAGCCUGGGAGAGCACUCCUCCCUCUUCUUCUAGCCCUGAAGGACAGGCCACUCCUGCUGCAGACACCAGCAAAGAGCCAGGAGUCGUCCCCUGGGUGCAGCCUCCCCAUCCUCUGGUAGCCUGGCACCCCUAACCACAGUGCACUGGCUUCUGGGACUGACGCAAGAGAUGUUGGUCUUCACACAGUGAUAGAGCCUGGAUGGAAAUUAGCCAGCUUCCAGGGGGGCCAGGCCUGCAGGUUGUGGGAGAGAGACUGUCCGUGUCUAUGUCUAUAGGUGUGGGUGGUCCAGCUGUGGCAACUCUACGACUCAGUAGGGGUUGGUGCACGUCUGUGUUUUCUUACACUGACUAGAAAUGGCAGGGAAAUAAAUAUUUCACUUGUUUAAUAAAUUAAAAAUAAAUUUUUACAUA